GAAGGCUCCACACUGGGUGGGGCUUGAUCUCACGACCCAGAAGUCAUGACCUGAGCCGAAGCGAGGAGUUGAACACUUAACUGACUGAGCCACCCAGGAGCCCUGGUUUUGGUUUUCAAAAAGCAACACCCUAAAACAAUUUUAACACCUACCAGCCUAGCAAAAAUUAGAAUGUUGAGGGCGCCUGGGUGGCUCAGUUGGUUAAGCGACUGCCUUCGGCUCAGGUCAUGAUCCUGGAGUCCCGGGAUCGAGUCCCGCGUCGGGCUCCCUGCUUGGCGGGGAGUCUGCUUCUCCCUCUGACCCUCCUCCCUCUCAUGCUCUCUGUCUCUCAUUGUCUCUCUCGCAAAUAAAUAAAAUCUUAAAAAAAAAAAAUUAGAAUGUUGAAUAAUAACAAGUGUUGAUAAAGACUUGAGAAAUUUUCAUAUACUGCAAGGGGGAGUGUCAGUCGGCCUAACCUGCCUUCUCCCCCCAGAGAACAUUUCGCGGUAUUUAGAGAAAAAUCAUGUAUGAGUAAGCCACAUGGCUCAGCAAUUCCUUGCCAGUGUGAAAAGCCUGCAAGUCCCUGAGGAGACAUUAUGGGAGGGUGUUCAUGACAACAUUGUAUCUGGGAGCAAGGUGCUGACAGCAAACCAAGUGUCUGUCACAGGAAGGGGCCUGCCGAGUGCGGCGGAUGCAUGUGAUAAAGUUGACGGAGUACUUCAGUCAAAAGCAAUGACAUAAGAUAACAUGAAGUGAUUGCAAACAUAAAGAAAAAUGUAAACAUCUGCCUACAAAACUUUUUCAGGAAUAUCUAAAACUGGGGCGCCGGGUGGCUCAGGUGGUUAAGAGCUGCCUUCAGCUCUGGUCGUGACCCCAGGAUCCUGGGAUUGAGCCCCGCGUCGGGCUCUCCCUCUCCCUCUGCCUGCCAUUCUGGGCACACUCUCUCUCUCUCUGUCAAAUAAAUAAAUAGAUAAAUAAAUUCUUAACAAAAAAGACUACCUAAAACUUAUCCGAGGUGAAUUAAAGAUGGAUUGAAAAGGCACAUGUUAAAACGCUAGAGUGGGUUCGUAUGGGAGAUGAAAGAUGGGAGAAUAAGAAAGGACCAGAAAUAGAGCGCCCUGAAAUAGGAAGUAUCAACUCACUGCUGUGCAGCCACGCUCCUUAAACAGGAAGACAGAGUGGUGGUUAAUGAAGGCCCACGUAAGGCCUGUUGAAAGAGUUUGAACUUGAUCCUGAAGGAAGGCAUGGGGGAGUGGGAGGAAAUGAAAAUAGAUGAGUACAUGAAGGGGAGUUGGAAGAACAGCAUAUAAGGUUGUGGUCAAGAAGGAGCACUUGGGGAGAGGUUACAAAUAGCGGUGGCCGGGUGGCUGUGAGAACAGAGGACAAAGGCCAUUGAAACUCAAGAAACCGCAUCUCUCGGGCAUUGCUUAGGCCCUCCAUCCAAAUGUGAAAGCGGUCCUGGAUGAUAGCAGAGUUCAGGAGACUGAGCCCUGGGCCAGAGCCCUCUUCAACGAGAAGUGAGGGAAAGAGCCUCAGAGAGCCAAGGAUUUUUUCCAGUGAAAAUUAACCACGCAAAGUAAGCGAAGAUGUCCGUGGAUCCAAUGACCUACGAGGCCCAGUUCUUUGGCUUCACGCCACAAACCUGCAUGCUGAGGAUCUACAUCGCAUUUCAGGACUACUUGUUUGAAGUGAUGCAGGCCGUGGAGCACGUUAUUCUGAAGAAGCUGGAUGACAUCCCGGGCUGUGAGAUUAGCCCCGUCCAGAUUCGUAAAUGCACAGAGAAGUUUCUUGGCUUCAUGAAAGGACGUUUCGAUAACCUUUUUGGCAAAAUGGAGCAGCUGUUUUUACAGUUGAUCCUGCGUAUUCCCCCAAACAUCUUGCUUCCGGAAGAUAAGCCUCAGAUGCACCCCUGUACUGAGGAAGAAUUCCAUCUUCUCCAGAAAGAAAUCGAACAGCUACAAGAGAAGUAUAAGACUGAAUUAUGCGCUAAGCAGGCCCUUCUCGCAGAAUUAGAGGAACAAAAAAUUGUUCAGGCCAAACUUAAGCAGACAUUGGCUUUGUUUGAUGAGCUUGAAAAUGCCGGCAGAGAUCACGGGACUAGUGAUUUUAGGGAGAGCUUGGUGUUCCUGGUCCAGAACUCCAGAAAGCUCCAGACUAUUAGGGACAAGGUGGAACAGGAAGGCAAAAGAAUGAAAAUAUCUUAAUUUCUAAGUAGUAACAGGAGCUCAUUAGAAAGUAGAAUAGUAAGGAUUUAUAUCAGUGAUAUUCUAGUGAACUGUACAUCUUACGGGAUUUCCUUUGUUUGCUCUUUGCUGUACUCCACACCUCGCUCUGUCUUGGUCCUCUGCUGAGGUAGCUCCGCACGCCCUGGACUAAUCUCUGGAGCAUCUGUUCCCUAGCGACCUCUCGUCAGCGGGUCGGGAUUCCUGGUCCAGUAACAAUUCCCUGGGGGCCAUGACUGAAGAGGCAGGGUCUCCCUGGCCGGUCAGAGAUGUUUGUAAAGCUGUUCCUUGGUCCUCUGCAACUUGGUCCUUUCGACUUACUCCUUGGAUGCGAUCAAAUGAGAAAAAGGUGCAGUGGGUGGCUUCGUUACGAACCAGCCGCUGCCCUGCGAGACUGAAGCCAGCUCAGCCUGCCUGCUCUCGUCCGCCAGCGUGUCUUGCACGGGGACGUCAGCCGAGGGAAAGAAGCGAGUAGAACGAUACACGUGAUCUUCGAGAAAGAGCAAGCAAGUUGUUUUCGUUCCUAAACUAGAACCUCUCUGUGACGUGGAGCAGUCCGCCGUCGGGGAGCCCAGCAGGGGAAGACCGUGGGCGAAGGAGAGGCAGGUCUCACUGGGGUAGAAGGGGAAGCCCGGAACAGAGCCAAGAACAAAGUUGAUACGAACUGACCGCUAGGCAUUUAUAUCAUUUUUUUCAUGCCUCGGUUAGUUUUGGAAUCUGCCCUGUACCUAAUAUUUUUUAAAUUAUUUAUUCAUACUCCUAAGCAUCAAAUAUUUAGUACCCACAGUGGGGAAAUUUUAGCUGUCUUGUGCUUAAAUUUAGUGGAGUCUAAUAUUUUCUUCUGAAAUUAAUCCAUGUGACAUGUUGUGUCACCCAGAGAAAGAGCAUGAAUAGCAGUCAGGGCGUUUCUCUCCGUGUCUUCCUUAAAGAACAGGAUUUGGAGUUUCUCCCUUAUGCAGAAGAGUAACUUGGGACAUUAAUGUUUGCAAUUAAAUAUUCAUAGAUUUAAGAUGCCUGUGUUUACCUGGAAUAUGUUUAUCAUCAAAGAGUCUUUUUUCCAAUCCUGUACAUGAAAUGCACAUAUUUUAAAGGC